UAUCAAAGUGACAGAACGACAGGAGUGAUAUUUUCUAUCCCCAAAAAAUAUUCAAGGGUUUUAAGAGAAAACUGGGAAAAGCCGCUUUUCUUCUAAUUACAUUUCGAACGAGUUUUAAGGUUUCACCGUGACAAACAAUGGCUUCAAACAAACUCGGUCUGAUCGUUCGCAACUUCAGCUCAUCCAGUUCUCUCAGUCAAAUGGUAAAGCCCCCAAUUCAAGUCUUUGGUAUCGAGGGGCGUUAUGCCACUGCCCUAUAUUCAGCUGCAACCAAGCAGAAAACACUACCUCAUGUUGAAAAGGACUUGCUCAAGUUGCAAGAAUCGUUGAAGAGCGAAGCGAAAUUCAAGGAAUUUGUUGUUAAUCCCGUUAUAAAGAGGAGCAUCAAAGCUGAUAUAAUGAAAACAAUUUCUACCGAUAUAUCUCUAGCGCCGCAGACUUCCAUUUUAGUGCAAGUUCUGGCUGAAAACGGUCACUUGAAGAAUCUUACGGGAGUCAUCAACGCAUUCAAAACGAUCAUGGCAGCUCACAGGGGUGAAGUUACUUGUGAGGUUGUCACGGCUAAAGACCUUGAUGCUUCGCAAAAAUCCAAGUUGGAAGGAGUGUUGAAAUCUUUCCUGAAAUCCAAUGAAACCAUUCAUCUUAAUACCAAGGUAGAUCCUUCGAUCAUGGGCGGUAUGAUCGUGAGCAUAGGGGACCGUUACGUGGACAUGAGCGUUGCUAGCAAAAUCAAGAAGUACUCUGAUCUAAUCAGCACCACAGUCUAAUUUACCAAGUUUUGUUAAUCGAUUUAUUAGCAAAUAUACAAUAGUUCUUA